AUGGCCUGCUGGAGCCCGAGCCAGCUGGACACCCACCGGCGGGUGCACACGGGAGACCGCCCCUUCGACUGCUCGGAGUGCGGCAAGAGUUUCAAGACGGCGAAUGUCCUGGAGGCCCACCGGCUAUUGCACACGGGCGAGAGGCCCUAUGGCUGCUCCACAUGCGGCAAGAGCUUUACCAGGUUGUCGGGGCUGCGGAACCACCAGCGGCACCAGCGCACCCACACCGGCGAGCGCCCCUACACCUGUGCCCAGUGCGGCAAGGGCUUCACCCAGUCCAGCAACCUGCUGAAGCACCAGCGCACCCACACCGGCGAGCGCCCCUACACCUGCGCCCAGUGCGGCAAGGGCUUCACCCAGUCCAGCACCCUGCUGAAGCACCAGCGCACCCACACCGGCGAGCGCCCCUACACCUGCGCCCAGUGCGGCAAGGGCUUCACCUGCUCCACCAACCUGCUGUCCCACCAGCGGGUGCACGCCGGCGACCGUCCCGUCCCCAGCCCGGUGUGUGGAGAGCGCUUUGCCAUGGCCUCCCACGCCCUGUCUCACCAGCACGUGCACACCAGUGGCCAGCCCUACGACUGCCCGUACUGCGGUGAGGAGUUUGACAGCUCGCGGGGGUUGCGGCAGCACCGGCGGACCCACGCCGGCGAGCAGCUGCUCCCACUGUGACAAGAGAGCAUGGGGGCUGCGGGAGCACCAGCGGAUACACACCAGAGAGAGACCCUUUGUGUGCGCUGAGUGUGGCAAGGGUUUCACCCGCAUGUCCAGCCUGUGGCAGCACCGGCGUACCCACAGCGGUGAGCGUCCCUUCCCCUGCCCGUCCUGUGGUAAGGGCUUCACCCGCCUUGACCACCUGCUGGAGCACCGGCGAGUCCACACCGGCCAGCUCCCCUUCACCUGCCCGCUCUGUGGCAAGGCCUUUGCCCGCUCCUCCAGCCUGCUGGUACACCGCCACGUGGAUAGGCGCUGUUUAGGUCGACACAAAAUGCUGGAAAAAAUGGGUAAUGUUUCUGGUCGAGACGCCGCUCAGUCUCGACCCGAAAUGUCACCCAGUCCUUCUCUCCUGAGAUGCUACCUGUCUCUCUGAGUUACUCCAGCAUCUUAUGUCCUUUUUUGUAAACCAGCAUCUGCAGUUCCUUGUUUUUAAACCAUUCUGGUUAACCAUCUCUGCACCUUCCCCAAAGCCUCCACAUCAGUCCUGUAAUGGAGUGACCAGAACUGUAUGCAAUACUCCCAAUGCUACCUGACCAAUGUCCCUUAAAGCUGCACAUAUACAUUCCUCUCUCCUUAUCUCACAUCCUAUUAUCUCCUUAUUUUCUCUCGCUUCUGUCACUUCACUCAUCUGCCGAUCACCCCAGCUUAACAUAAUGUCAGUCUGAAGAAGGGUCCUGACCCGAAAUGCCACCGAUCCAUGUUCUCCACAGAUGCUGCCUGACCCGCUGAGUUACUGCAGCACUUUGUGUUAGAGUCAUAGAGUGAUACAGUGUGGUAACAGGAACUUCGGCCCAACUUGCCCACACCGACCAACAUGUCCCGCCUACACUAGCCCCACCUGCCUGCGUUUGGUCCAUAUCCCUCCAAACAUGUCCUAUCCAUGUGAUUGUCUAUAACUGUUUCUUAAACGUUGGGAUAGUCCCAGCCUCAACUACCUCCUACAGCAGCUUGUUCCAUACACCCACCACCCUUUGUGUGAAAAUGUUACCCCUUAGAUUCCUAUUAAAUCUUUUCCCCUUCACCUUGAACCCAUGUCCUCUGGUCCUCGAUUCCCUCACUCUGGGCAAGAGAUUCUGUGCAUCAAACUCAAUUGUG